GAGCAAAAAAAUUACUGCGCACACUGAAAGAAACGGCAUUUUAUUUUCCAAUCGCGGGCGGGACGGUUCAAAACACGGGACGGUUCAAAACAGCGCGCCUCUUCGCGAGCGACUUCAUAGAAUCAGCAGAUCUACUUUCCUGGCUGUCGGACGAGUUGUCGAAAAACUCGGGAAGGGAUUUGAGUUUGUGAAUCGCCACGGAUCGAAAAAGUGCACCGUUUAAUGCUCUAGUAACCGCCAUAGAGAGCAAGAAUCAAUCUAACGACACGGAAAUAAAUUCGAAACGCAGUUAAAGUAAGAAAUUCGACGUCUUCCUGAGGCCCGAAACACCCACAAAAAAAGCAAAAAAAAAAAAACGAAAAGGCGAAUGAAAAGUGCGCAAAAAAAUAUAUGUAAUACGAUUGCCAGGAAGACACGGAAGCAAUAAAAAGUACGGCGAAAACGCAAUCGUUACAUAUUAUAUAUAUUCGCUCGGUUGGAAAGUUCUUCUUUUGUGCAGAAAAUCGACCACACAUCAAAAUAAAUUACUAGAAAAAAAAAGUAGAAAAACAACAACAAAAGCAUCCUCAAGAAUCUCGACGCUCUCCCACUCGUUCGUACUCUCUCUCUCUUUCUCUUUCUCUUGACGAAGGCGGAGAAAGAAGCAAAGCGAAACAACAAAUAAUCUCUUUUCGCCGCCAAACAAUAAGGAAAAUAAUUAAUUUUCAGCCAGCGAGCUUCUGCGGCAUUUAUGCCAACUAAUUAAAAUCACAAAAAAUGGAUUACAAAUUCAUUGUUUUCAACGCAGCGAGGGAUAACAAUUUGGCGCAAUUGAAGGCCACCCUUUACAACAAAAGUUCAAGCGAAGUGAGCAGCCUGAUCUCGGCGAAAGUGAACGGAGCCACCCCCCUGGUCAUCUCCUGCCGCAAUGGACACUACGAUAUUGUAGAAUACUUAUUGACAAAGUGUCGGGCUAACGUUGAGCAGGUGGGAUCGGUCAGUUUCGAUGGAGAGCCCAUCGAGGAUGCCCCACCAUUGUGGUGCGCAGCGGCUGCUGGCCACUUGGGCAUCGUCAAGAUGCUCGUCCGCCGGGGAGCCAAUGUUAACAGCACUACCAGAACGAAUUCAACACCACUGAGGGCAGCGUGCUUUGACGGGCAUUAUGAGAUCGUCAAAUACCUGGUGCACCACGGAGCAGACUUUGAGGUGGCGAAUCGACACGGCCACACCUGUCUGAUGAUCGCCUGCUACAAGGGUCACUUCCGCAUCGCCCAGUAUUUGCUCUCUCUGAGUGCCGAUGUGAAUCGCUGCAGUGUGAAGGGGAACACAGCGCUGCAUGACUGCGCCGAGUCGGGUUCCCUACAGAUCCUCCAGCUGCUGCUCAAGCAUGGAGCUACAAUGGAUGUUGAUUACUACGGAAUGACUCCGCUGCUGGCGGCCAGUGUCACCGGUCACAUGCCCAUCGUUGAGCACCUAAUCACAUUGCCCUGUGUGAGCAGGGAGUCGAGGAUUCAUGCUCUGGAACUGCUGGGAGCCACGUAUGUGGACCGGAAGAGGGACAUGGCUGCGGCACUAAGUCUGUGGCGCCGAGCGCUUGAAGAACGGUCGCUGGACCCACCGCUGGAGAAGAAGGUUCAGGAACCAGUGCCGGCAUAUGAGAUGGUUCGCGAGGUGACCAGCGUGGAGGAGCUGGAGGAGAUGGUAUUGGAUCCUGAUGAGAUGCGAAUGCAGGCUUUGGUCAUCAGACAGCGCAUUCUGGGACCCACGCAUCCGGACACCAGCUACUACAUUCGUUUUAGGGGUGCCCACUAUGCGGACGCUGGACGCUUCGAUCGCUGCAUUGAGCUCUGGUCCUAUGCCCUCACCAUGCAGCAGAAGAUCCUGCAGCCGCUCAGUCCGAUGACGCAAUCCUCACUACUGUCCUUCGCCGAGCUCUUCAGCUUUAUGCUGGUAGAGGCGGGUCGCCUUCUGCCCAGGGGUCGAGUGGUUCCUCCGAUUGAGGCGGACGGCAUGCUAACCAUCUUCUACAAGGCGGUCAAUGAGGUUGAGCGGGGUCAGGCAUUCACGCUGGAGCAACAGAAGGACCAACAGCAACCGCAAAAACAGCUGCCGGCAGCUGAUAAAUCGCCAUCCUGCUCAGCUUCCUCAUCCGCAUCUUCCUCCUCCUCGACGACGCUGCUUUCGGCGCAUCAGCACGAUUGUAACCACGAUCCCAAUGCCCUGAGUCGCACCAUGAUAAGUGCUAUUCACAUAGGCUGUCUGCUAAGCUCCCUGCUGGACACAGACGCCCUUAAUCCAGAAAUGCGUCGCCAGGUGAUGGGAGCCUUGUACCGCCUGAAUCGCUUGAAGGUGCGUGUUCGGUUCGACCGGACCGCUCUGCACUACGCCUGCUAUCGAGAGGGCACGCUGGCCGGCCGCUAUCCUUCCUGUCAAUUCCCUUCAGUGACACUGGCGAAGGCCCUGCUAGAGGUGGGUGCUGAUCCGAAUGCCAUCGACGAAGCGGGCAAUACUCCACUUCACCUGGCCACCAUGCAGCCCUAUGUGGAGCCCCUGUCUCAUAUUCUGCUCGAGGGUGGAGCUCACUUGGACACCAAAAACUACGCUGGCGAGACGUUUGAGAGUCUAUUGGCCCCCACGCCCAUGCAUAAGGUUAUCGAUCCAAUGAAGUACACAACGCUGGCGUGUCUGGCCGCAAGGACGAUCAAGAAACAUGACAUCCGCUACGAGGGAACAGUGCCAGCCACACUAUACGAGUUCAUCGAGCUGCACUAGAGACGAGGAUGGGGACGAGGACUGGACGAGAGUCAAGCACUCAAUUCACUCAAUCACUCACUUGAUCAAUUGAUCACUCGAUGGAGCUAAUCGAUCAACCGCCUGCCCGCCCGCCAUCCAUAUGAUAAUACCAACUACUACUAUGACUACCGUCUAUUUACUGUAUAUUUAGAGAUAGAGAGAGAGAAUGUUUGAAACUAUGCUGAAUGGGGAGAAAUGUGAAAAAAGGACGAGAUCGUUACUAACGACUGGGAACUGAUUUGUGAUGUUAGCAAGCGAAGUGCCUGAAUCGACGGAUCAGGACGAUAACUACAAACUGACAACGAUAACAAAACAGAAGCCAAUAAAAAGAGAAGCCAGGCAGACAACCGAAGCAAAUGCAAUGAAAAGUUCUGGAAGAGAUGAAUUGCUGUCUUUGAAUUUUGCUUGCGAAAUGUGUUGACACUUUCUUUUUUUUUUAACUAUGUGUUCUUGCUACUCUAUUUUGUAUGACUUAUGAUUAAUAUAAUAUUGUAUGUACUUGUACCAAAAGCCUGGGCGUGAUUGAGCAGCCUAAUUUUAAUUAUCUGGCAUGAAGCCAGCGACUCCUCAACGCUGCUGCAAUCACGCCCAAGCCAUGGAAAAAUCCAAAAACCAGAAUACCUAAAUACUAAACAAAAAAACAAAAAACUAAAAAAAAAAACAACACCAGCAACUACCCACAACUCACGUCUUAGUGAUGCGUUUGUUUAUAAACGAGAAAACGAAGUUUUGGAAAUAUACAAACUGUAAUUAACAACAAUAA